UGUUCACCGUGUCAUUACUGGUAUGCCUGAAUCCUAUGCAGAAUACUUAUUUGACACUCCAUUCGAUUUUUCUCAGACACUCAGUGCCUCUUAAUUUUCUCAUAUAGACUAAUUUUUAUUUAUUUUGCACGGCUACACUUUGACAACCAGGGCAUUGUGCUGCGCAUGCGCCGUUACAGUGGGGUUUGGGUUCUGUUUACAGAAGGAAUGUUGUUGCAGAAGUAGCAAGCUAAUUUGUGCAAUGUUAUGUCAACCGUCUUUGGAAUAAAACACAAUUAUGGACAAAGGUGAUUUGACUCAUUUCCCCUCCAUUCAUGCGUCUGGCUUGGUUUAGCUGUCAUGGAUGACAAGGCCUUGGUGGGGAAAAUUAGCGUGUCGUCCGACUCAGUGUCCACCCUGAACAGUGAGGACUUUGUGCUGGUGUCGCGGCUGGGGGACGACACCCCAGGCUCCUCCAUUAAUAACGGUAGUGAUGACGAAAAGACAGGACUGAAGGUGAUUUCUGAGGAAGGGGUCAGCUUUAAGAUUGUGGGAAAUGGCAGUGAGCAGCAGUUGAAGAAGGAGCUGGAGGAUGUUCUGAUGGACCCCUCUGUAGCUGACCAGAUUCUGAGCGGUGGCGGUGGUGGCUGGGGAGACCAGGUGGGAGGGGGGGACCAUGUGUCCCAGCCCACCACAGCAGUACCACCCCAGUCUGUGCCCCAACCGUGCCCUGACCCCCUUAGCGACCCCCUCAACACCCUGCCAAAAGUUGAGAUGGUUCUGCCCGUCCAAUCCGCACAAGGUGCACAGGAGAGCGAGCUAAAUGAACGAUCGUACCGCGGGGAUGAGUCAUCAUCGGAGUGCAGCCCCAGUACACCCAUCCCAGACGAGGACAGUGUGGUCUUCAAUAAGCUGACCUACCUGGGCUGUGCCUCAGUCAACGCCCCCCGCAGUGAGGUGGAAGCUCUCUGCAUGAUGACCGUCCUCAGAGGGCAGUGCCAGCUACCACUGGACGUCACCCUAUCUGUGCCCGGCGUCUCAGAGGGCACUGUCAGGUUGCUGGACCCCCAGACAAGCACAGAGAUAGCCAGUUACCCCAUCUACAAGAUCAUGUUCUGUGUGCGUGGUCAUGACGGCACGCCUGAGACUGACUGCUUUGCCUUCACAGAGAGCCACUACAACGCAGAGAUCUUCCGUAUACAUGUCUUCCGCUGUGAGAUCCAAGAGGCGGUCAGCAGGAUACUGUACAGCUUUGCCACGGCCUUUAGGCGGUCCGCCAAGAAGACGCUCCUCUCGGGCUUGGCUCCGCCCCUGACGCCAGACAGCGACGUCUUCACCUUCACCGUCAGUCUAGAGAUCAAGGAGGAUGAUGGGAAAGGGACCUUUAGCGCUGUGGCGAAAGACAAAGACAAGAACAGCUUUAAGCUGCGUCCUGGAAUGGACAAGAAGGUCUUCAUCUACGUACAGCAGACGUCCAAUAAGGAGCUGUCUAUAGAGAGGUGCUUCGGCCUACUGCUGAGCCCAGGGAAGAACGUGAAGAACAGUGACAUGCACCUGCUAGACCUGGAGUCGAUGGGGAAGUCAUCCGAUGGAAAGUCCUACAUCAUCACAGGGAGCUGGAAUCCCAACACGCCUCAGUUCCAGGCUGUCAACGAGGAGACAGCCAAAGAUACGUUUAUCUACAUGACGACGGCGGUGGACCUGGUGAUCACUGAGGUGGAGGAGCCGGUUCGUUUCCUGCUGGAGACCAGGGUCAGAGUCUGCUCCCCCAACGAGAGGCUCUUCUGGCCAUUCAGCAAACGCAGCUACACAGAGACUUUCUACCUGAAACUCAGACAGAUGGAACGUAAGAGGAACAAGGACACCCUGUACGAGGUGCUGAGCCUGGAGAGCGAGUUGGAGAGGGAGAGGAAGAAGACGACAGCCAGCCCCAACAUCCUGCAGUCUGCCUCCCAAGGAUCCAUGGUGCCAUCGCCCCCUGAGGAUGAUGAGGAGGAAGACAAUGACGAGCCGUUGCUGAGUGGCUCAGGAGACGUGUCAAAAGAGUGUGCUGAGAAGAUCCUGGAGACCUGGGGAGAUCUGCUGUCCAAAUGGCAUCUGAACCUGUCUGUGCGUCCCAAGCAGCUCCCGGCUUUGGUGCGUAGCGGGGUCCCAGAGGCCCUCAGAGGAGAGGUGUGGCAGCUCCUGGCUGGUUGCCAUAACAACGACCACCAAGUGGAGGAGUACCGCACCCUCAUCACUAAGGAGUCUCCCCAGGACAGUGCCAUCACCAGAGACAUUAACAGGACUUUCCCAGCUCACGACUACUUCAAGGACACUGGAGGAGACGGGCAAGACUCACUCUACAAGAUCUGCAAGGCCUACUCAGUGUAUGAUGAGGAGAUUGGUUACUGCCAGGGACAGUCUUUCCUGGCCGCUGUGCUGCUGCUGCACAUGCCUGAGGAACAGGCCUUCAGUGUUCUGGUCAAGAUCAUGUUUGACUACGGACUCAGGGACCUCUUCAAGCAGAACUUUGAGGAUCUACACUGCAAGUUCUUCCAGCUGGAGAGACUCAUGCAGGAAUACAUCCCAGACCUGUAUAACCACUUCCUGAACGUGGGUCUGGAGGCUCAUAUGUACGCCUCUCAGUGGUUCCUCACGCUCUUCACAGCCAAGUUCCCCCUCUACAUGGUGUUCCACAUCAUAGACCUGCUACUCUGUGAGGGCAUCAGUGUGAUCUUCAACGUGGCUCUGGCUCUCCUGAAGACCUCAAGGGAAGACCUGCUUGCAACAGACUUUGAGGGGGCGCUCAAGUUCUUCCGGGUCCCGGUUCCCAAACGCUACCGCUCAGAGGAGAACGCUAAGAAACUGAUGGAGCUGGCCUGCAGCAUGAAGAUCAGCCAGAAGAAGCUGAAGAAGUAUGAGAAGGAAUAUGACAGCAUGAGAGAACAGCAGGAGCAGCAGGAGGCUCCCAUUGAGAGAUAUGAGAGGGAGAACCGUCGUCUCCAGGAGGCUAACAUGCGUCUGGAGCAGGAGAAUGAUGACCUGGCCCAUGAACUGGUCAGCAGCAAAAUCGCUCUGCGCAAAGACCUGGACAACGCUGAGGAGAAAGCAGAUGCUCUGAACAAGGAGCUGUUGAUGACCAAACAGAAGCUGGUGGAUUCAGAGGACGAGAAGAGACGACUAGAGGAGGAGUCUGCACAGCUGAAAGAGAUGUGCAGACGGGAGCUGGGUAAAUCAGAGUCUGAGAUAAAGAAGAAUGGUUCCAUCAUAGGAGAGUACAAACAGAUCUGCUCUCAGCUCAGUGAGCGUCUGGAGAAACAGCAGAUCGCCAACAAGGGAGAGGUGGAGAAGAUCCGGCUGAAGGUGGAGGGCUGUGAGAAGUGCUCUAUCCUCUUCAACAAGGAGGGUCGUCUAAAGGCAGUGAGGAAGAUGAAGGAGGGCAGCGAGGAAGAGACUGACGAGGAGAAGGAGGGUCUGAAGAACCAGCUCAGAGAGAUGGAGCUGGAACUGGCCCAGACCAAACUACAACUGGUGGAGGCAGAGUGCAAGAUACAGGACUUGGAGCACACCCUGGGUCUGGCCCUGAACGAGGUCCAGGCAGCCAAGAAGACCUGGUUCAACAGAACCUUAACCUCCAUCAAGACCGUGACCGGAGCACAGGGGAAGGAGACGACCUAACCUGAGACCCACCUCCUCGACCACAGACCGUUCCCUGCUGCUCCCAAACCUCGACCCGUUCCUCUCCCAGCCUCCCCCCUCCCAGCCUCCCCCACUCCUCCUACCAGCCACUAACUUGACCGGAGUGAACCAAACCUCACCACGACAGGAGUUUUAAAUAAGGACUGAGUUCAAAGGUACCACUGCCCCAAACUAAAUGAUAUACUUCAUUAAAAAGAAAGAAAAGAGUCUUCAACAUUGGUCUUUAUACUACUGAUAUUUAACAGGUAAGGAAGGAGUUGUAGAGAGUUACCUGAACUGUCCUCUCUCUAGACAUGGGAAAGACAGUGCUUCAUUUUACUGUCCUCUCUCCAGACAUGGGAAAGACAGUGCUUCAUUUUACUGUCCUCUCUCCAGACAUGGGAAAGACAGUGCUUCAUUUUACUGUCCUCUCUCCAGACAUGGGAAAGACAGUGCUUCAUUUUACUGUCCUCUCUCCAGACAUGGGAAAGACAGUGCUUCAUUUUACUGUCCUCUCUCCAGACAUGGGAAAGACAGUGCUUCAUUUUACUGUCCUCUCUCCAGACAUGGGAAAGACGGUGCUUCAUUUUACUGUCCUCUCUCCAGACAUGGGAAAGACAGUGCUUCAUUUUACUGUCCUCUCUCUAGACAUGGGAAAGACAGUGCUUCAUUUUACUGUCCUCUCUCCAGACAUGGGAAAGACAGUGCUUCAUUUUACUGUCCUCUCUCUAGACAUGGGAAAGACAGUGCUUCAUUUUACUGUCCUCUCUCCAGACAUGGGAAAGACAGUGCUUCAUUUUACUGUCCUCUCCAGACAUGAGAAAGACAGUGCUUCAUUUUACUGUCCUCUCCAGACAUGGGAAAGACAGUGCUUCAUUUUACUGUCCUCUCCAGACAUGAGAAAGACAGUGCUUCAUUUUACUGUCCUCUCCAGACAUGGGAAAGACAGUGCUUCAUUUUACUGUCCUCUCCAGACACGGGAAAGACAGUGCUUCAUUUUACUGUCCUCUCUCCAGACACGAGAAAGACAGUGCUUCAUUUUACUGUCCUCUCUCCAGACACGGGAAAGACAGUGCUUCAUUUUAGUGUCCUCUCCAGACAUGGGAAAGACAGUGCUUCAUUUUACUGUCCUCUCCAGACAUGGGAAAGACAGUGCUUCAUUUUACUGUCCUCUCCAGACAUGAGAAAGACAGUGCUUCAUUUUACUGUCCUCUCUCCAGACAUGGGAAAGACAGUGCUUCAUUUUACUGUCCUCUCUCCAGACAUGGGAAAGACAGUGCUUCAUUUUACUGUCCUCUCUCCAGACAUGGGAAAGACAGUGCUUCAUUUUACUGUCCUCUCUCCAGACAUGGGAAAGACGGUGCUUCAUUUUACUGUCCUCUCCAGACAUGGGAAAGACAGUGCUUCAUUUUACUGUCCUCUCCAGACAUGGGAAAGACAGUGCUUCAUUUUACUGUCCUCUCCAGACAUGGGAAAGACAGUGCUUCAUUUUACUGUCCUCUCUCCAGACAUGGGAAAGACAGUGCUUCAUUUUACUGUCCUCUCUCCAGACAUGGGAAAGACGGUGCUUCAUUUUACUGUCCUCUCCAGACAUGGGAAAGACAGUGCUUCAUUUUACUGUCCUCUCCAGACAUGGGAAAGACAGUGCUUCAUUUUACUGUCCUCUCUCCAGACAUGGGAAAAACAGUGCUUCAUUUUACUGUCCUCUCUCCAGACAUGGGAAAGACAGUGCUUCAUUUUACUGUCCUCUCCAGACAUGGGAAAGACAGUGCUUCAUUUUACUGUCCUCUCCAGACAUGGGAAAGACAGUGCUUCAUUUUACUGUCCUCUCUCCAGACUACUUGCACCAACAACAACUCCAACUGUAAUCUAGGUACUACCAGAGCUAAAUAACAGCCUCCUUCUUUUCAAACUGAGCGUUUCUCAUUUCUGAUCUAUGAUACCUUUCUUUUUCUAUAUAUAUGUGUGAUUCUGAACAUGCUUGUGAAUAAACAUGAGUGAAAACUGAGCACACCAGAGAGUAUGUAUGGGUGUGUUUAUUAAUGUGUGUGUGAGUGUUAAGGGGAGUGUGAGUGUGCAUGAGUACGUAUGUUUGUACAGGUAACUGCCACAGUAAUGGAAGCCAUUAAAUGAGGGAUAGAAAGUAUUUUGAAAGCAGAUACCUCCAUACAGGUGUGGUUCUUGAGUUAAUUAAGUAAUUAACAUCCCAUCAUUAUGGCCAUGUAUUAAAAUGCUGGACAUGUCAUUAUUUUGGCUACCAUGGCUAUACCCCCCACAGGACACGAGUGAUCACUGAAUGGUUUGAUGAGCAUGAAAAUGAUGUAAACCAUACGCCAUGGCCGUCUCAGUCACCAGAUCUCAACCCAAUUGAACACUUAUGGGAGCUUCUCUAGCGGAGCCUAAGAUGGCGUUUUCCAUCAACAAAACACCAAAUGAUGGAAUUACACUUGUAGAAUCUAUGCCCUGGGUACGUUGCAGUAGUUCUGGCUCGUGGCGCCCCAGUGCUCUAUGAAGACACUUUAUGUUGCCAUUUCCUUUAUUUUGGCAGUUACCUGUGUGACUGAUGAUGUUUUCAGUGUGGUCUUCCUGUGAAGUUCAGCAGGAUAGGAGCUGGGUGCUGUAUAGUGGGCUGAGGGGGAGUUAUAUGAGGAAGAGGUUCUUACUGAUGAAGCCUUGACUUGAAGGUUGAGGGGAAUCUGGUAAACAUUAUGUACUGGGUAACUGUAGAUAUAUAAGCAGCAGCCUUGGGUCUGUCCGGUUACUUGGUGUAACCGUAUCAAGACAGAGGCCACUAGUGGUUGGUCCUGGCGCUGUCCUCACAGUGCACUUUCUGGGCUGUCCGAGCCUGGCUGGGCUCAAAGCAUGGGAGCUCAGUGGCUGGAAUUGCAGAGACAGAUAGAUGGGUGUGGCCCUCCCUUGCCUCAGACUCCACCCAUAUAGACGUUGAACAGAACCUCCCUCUUUGGGACUCCUCCCUCCACGGCUGUGUCCGACAUGGCAUACUACUGGUCUCCUAUCAAACGUAUCCUACUAUAUAGGGACUGGUGUUCCGUCCUCUCUGAGACCAGCUGUUCCUCUGGCUUCUGUACUAGAAGACCCUUCAUGACCUCUGACCUCAUCAAUCAAGUUUAUGCCAUGUUAUCCUAGUCACGGACACCACUCUCCCAACAUAGACAUAGACGCGUCACAGCCAGCCACCUACCGACCUACACUACUGACAGGGAGAGAAAUGGCACACAGGUAUUGUCUGGUCGUCAAUCACAGGCUGUGUGCUUAUGUGGCAGAAUGAGUCAGGGGUCAUCAAAGGUCAGGGUUUGUCAGAGGUCAAGCUGGCAUUCUCUCUGAAAGAGUCGGGUGCACAUUGUUGAAUGUUAUGAAUAGAGCAGUCAUGAUUCCUCAUUCUACAUGUAAGAGAGACAUGUUUGUUGUUCUACAUAAUAUAUUUCUGUCUGAAUGCUCCGUUAGAGGUCUCUGUCCAUAUUGGGGAAUGUCCUACUCUCUACUGACAGUCUGUGUGUGUGUGGUCGGGGUGGGGACUUUGCACCUUAACAUUCAUAUUUAUAAUGUAUGGUAUCUUUCUAAGCUUACUUAAAGGGGAAAAAUUCACUCUAAACCAUUUUUUUGUAUUUUUUUCACUAGUCCACUCUUGAUAAAGUCUCAAAAUGUUUUGCAUGUUUUCAAUGCGUUUUGCAGUGUAUUUUUCCUUUAUGUCUGUGAUGCCAGUGGAAGGAAGGCCUGUGUAAUGUACUGAGAACAAAGAGGUCGUUCUGUAAGGCACUGGGUUGUACAUAAGAAUGAUGAUAAUGAUUACGUUUUUAAUUUUGUAUUUCUACUGCUGUAACUCAACUAAAUAAUAAUGUUGCCUAAAAUAACAAUGUAUUGUUGUACUGUGUUACAGAUGAAUGAUGAUCAUGACCUACAUACAGUACCAGUCAACAGUAUGGAUACCUACUAAUUCCAAGGUUUUUCUUUGUUUUUACUAGUUUCUACAUUGUAGAAUAAUAGUGAAGAUAUCAACACUAUGAACUAGUUUCUACAUUGUAGAAUAAUAGUGAAGACAUCAACACUAUGAAAUAACACAUGGAAUCAUGUAGUAACCAAAAAAGGGUUAAACAAAUCCAUGUAUUUUAUAUUUGAGAUUCUUCAAAAUAGCCACCCUUUACCUUGAUGACCUCUUUGCACACUCUUGGCAUUCUCUCAACCAGCUUCACCUGGAAUGCUUUUCCAGCAGUCUUAAAGGAGUUCCCACAUAUUUCUAGAAAAUAGUAAAAAUAAAGAAAAACCCUGGAAUGAGAAGGUGUGUCCAAACCUUUGACUGGUACUGUAUGUUCUUUUGCUCAAAAGCUUUCCGUCGUCUUAAAUGUCAGACAAACUGCUGUCUCAUCCAUUACAUGACAAAAUGUACCUUCAUCCAUCCAACAUUUCUGAACGUGUGGAACAUUGUAGUGUGUGUUACAUUAUUGUCUAUACUUAAUGCAUUUUAAUAUAAAGAUGUGAACUCAGA